CUGAAUUUAUACUGGGGAUCAGAAGGGAAUUAUUUUCACGGAUUCUGGAGUGGAAAUGGAUUUUUGAGGCACCAGGAAGUGUGAAAAAGUGGAAAUGCUGAGCUCGAGGGUGAGGGUGUACCUUCCACGAUGUCUUUCUGUCAGGAAAAUGGCUACGGUGAAGAGGUUUUACAGGAGAACUAAUAUUCUGGGGAGUGGUGAUAAAUUUGAAAUCACCCUGGACCAGAGGAAGUUGAAAACUCCCAAGGGAAACGUUUUCGAGGUAUCGAGUAAACCCUUGGCUCUAGCUGUGGCCAUGGAGUGGGAAAGCCAAGACGACACCAUCAACAGGAGCAAUAUGCACUUGACAGCACUCUGUAGUACUUUAUUGGACAAUCCACAUCAGUACAGUAGAAUAGAUAUUGUGAAUUAUAUUUCCAAUUACCUGGAGACAGAUACAGUGUUGUUUCAGUCGAACGACACAGAGGAAUUAUUCAAGCUGCAAACAGAUAAAUGGGACCCAGUGAUUCAGUGGUUCUGCGACAAGUAUCAGGUCGACAUCACGAAAACUACUAGUAUAAGUCCUCCGAUCAUUCCUCCAGGGACUAAAGACAAAUUAAUAAGACAUUUUGCCUCCUACGAUUACCCAGCGCUAAUAGGGUUUAUGUACGGAGUUGAUGUACUGAAGUCAGUUAUUCUGAUGAUGGCAGUUUGCGAGAGGUUCAUCAACGUCGAAGAGGCGGUGAAACUCUCGAGAUUAGAGGAAGAAUUCCAAAUUUCACACUGGGGAAAUGUGGAAUGGUCCCACGACCUGAGUAAAAAUGAUCUCCAGGCUCGUCUGUCGGCAGCUGUUUUAUUCAUCCACCUCAAUACAUCAUCCGUAACAUCAAAACCGAAGAUAGAGAAUCCGUGAUUUGUAAAUAAUAAAUUAUAAAAUCUAGAGGAGUAUAAAAACAGAAUUGAACACGUAUUCAAUUACUCAAUUAUUCGAUUACUAACGAUUACUAUAAAUUGCACUACUCCAUUCUGAACUAAUUAACAGAUUUCAUGUCUAGAUUUUACAAAAAUAAAAACCCAAGUCAAUUUAA